GGGAAAGUUUGUAUUCAUUGUUUUAAAAAAAUUAAAAGGAAAGAAGGCAGCGGUGGGAGCGCUCCGAAGCUAGAGCGAUAUCUUUGUUGCCCCUUAAAACCGCAUGCCUGAGGGAUCUUCCCUUCCCUGCAUGGACCAUGUCAGAAAUUGCAGAUAAUACUCUCUGUGAGAAGUUUGAGGCCAACGUGUUUGCCAAGAGCCGGUGCCAGAACUGCUUUCGAGCACUUGGCGCUCAUCAGCGUGUUAACCAGGUACCAGAGGAACGCACAGAGAACACCUCUGGUUGUGGGGAUGGUACCAGCAACAAAUCCAGCAUCAAUGAUCAGUGGGACCCCUUAUGCAUCUUAGUGCCUCAGUGUGAACUCUAUGUUUGUGUGGGCUCUGAGGAAAGGUCUGAGAGCUGUCAAGAAAGCUUGGAAUACACUCAGCUCAGAGGCAGAACUGACGAAGAAUCUGAGGAGGAAUCAAAAGAAAUCACUGCUUAUCCUGAUGGUAGCACUGGCACCAACAUUGAUGUGGAUACCGAUGCCACAUUCAGCAGGGACUGGGAGAUGACUAGGCUCCUCGACAGCAUUUUGGGAUCUGACAAACAAAACACAAUGUACUAUGCAGGCAAGAAGCAAGAGAUACGGACUGAAAACUUGCAUGCUGACAGAUCCAGAUGGAGUGAGGCCACAACCUCCAGAACCUGUGGGAAAACAGAGCCUUCGGGUUGUCUGAAAGCAGAGCCCAAGGUCACAAGGCAAGACCACACAGACAAAUGGAGAAAGCCUGAAGCAGAGAGUGGCUAUUUCUCUCUGGAGCGUCGGAAAUCUGAACCAAGCUGUAUGUCUUCACCUCCCCCCAUCAGUCGCAGUCCUUUGCCUGUUCAUGGUGAUGCCUCCAGAGCUGGUGGGUACCCCACUUCUUCCAUCAGCUCUGCAGACUCCAACCUAAGUUGUCACAUGAGUGGCAGAAGUGAGAGCCAACAUGGACUUAUGAGGCAGGAGUACACAGUGCUGGCUGACCUGCCCAAGCCAAAGCGCAUCAGCCACCGGGAAGCCUUUGAGAAAGAGCGCAGCAGUUCCCGCACUCGUAGCCCUGGCCGGGCAGAGGUGGAACGGAUCUUUGGCCAUGAGCGCAGGAAAUCGGAGACACUGGGGGCUUUCCAAGCUCUGGAGGAGGGAAUCCUGGAUCGAUUGGAUAGUAAGACUCUGAAACUGGCCAAGGAAGGGCGACUAACUAGGAGGAAAUCCAGCCCCACUCUGCACAGAGAAAUGAGUAAGAGACUCCCAUGGGAGCCAGAACAGCCCAAGAGAAACAGAGGAGAAUCCUUGCACAUGGGAAGACCACAACAGCAGCAUGAAAGAAUUAGUGGAAGCCCAAGUGGAUCUUUGCGCUCAGGGAGUCCAACUCUUCGACUGGAGAGAGAGAGCAGGAGCAAAGGGGGUUCUCUGCACUCAGCAGUCCCUCCUCAGCAAAUGAGGGGAGAGAGGAGGAAGCGGGAGGAGUCUGCUCAUUCUGCAAAAGGUGAUAGAGAGAGGACUCCUCUUCAUGCCUCAGCUCAUGGAAAACAAAUGGAUAGCAGUAGAAAGAGUGGCCUGGAAACUGUGCACCAACACACUAGUUCUGGAAAGACCACAGACAGCAAAUGGAAGAACUGCUUGGGUGCCCUACACACUCCCAGCCCUGCACAAAACUUGGACAAGAGUCAAACAAAGCAAAGGGUGCAACUGGAAAGGUACAAAGAGAGUGACCGCAGGGCCCGAGGCAAACCUUUGCUCCCUGUGGAUACAGCUGAGCAUCCAAGGAAGGAUGUAAGAGACUGUAGAGAAGUUGUGCAUACUCUCAGCCCAGGAAGAGGAAUGGCAGCCCCAGGAAAAGAUGGACCCACUCUUAGCCCUAGAAGACAAGUAGGGGGUAGCUGGGGAGGCCAAGAAGAGACCAGACACUCUCUCAGGCCAGGGAGUUCCAUGGGAACCAGUUUGAAAAGCCACAGGGAGGUUGGGGGUAGGGUUAUUCCUGAAAGAUGUACAAGGGGCAACCAAGGAGAUACCAGGCGUUCCCUCAGUCCAGAGAGAUCUGUGGGUACUAGCUUCAGAAGUCAUGGGGAGGUUGAGCGUAGUACAAGUCCUCAAAGGUAUACAGGGGACAACCAAAGAGAGACCAGGCGCUCUUUCAGUCCAGAAAGAUCUAUGGGGACUAGCUUCAGAAGUCAUGGGGAGGUUGGGCAUAGUGCAAGUCCUCAGAGAUAUACAGGUGGAAGCCAAAGAGAGACCAAGCGCUCCCUCAGUCCAGAGAGAUCUAUGGUCAGUAGCUUCAAAGGUCAUGGGGAGGUUGGGCAUAGUGCAAGUCCUCAGAGAUAUACAGGUGGAAGCCAAAGAGAGACCAGGCGCUCCCUCAGUCCAGAGAGAUCUAUGGUCAGUAGCUUCAAAGGUCAUGGGGAGGUUGGGCAUAGUGCAAGUCCUCAGAGAUAUACAGAUGGAAGCCAAAGAGAGACCAGGCGUUCCCUCAGCCCAGAGAGAUCUGUGGGCAGUAGCUUCAAAGGUCAUGGGGAGGUUGGGCAUAGUGCAAGUCCUCAGAGGUAUACAGAUGGAAGCCAAAGAGAGACCAGGCGUUCCCUCAGCCCAGAGAGAUCUGUGGGCAGUAGCUUCAAAGGUCAUGGGGAAGUUGGGCAUAGUGCAGGUCCUCAGAGAUAUACAGGUGGAAGCCAAAGAGAGACCAGGCGCUCCCUCAGUCCAGAAAGAUCUAUGGGGGCUGGCUUCAGAAGUCAUGGAGAGGCUGGACAUAGUACAAGUCCUCACAAAUACACAGGCCAAAGAGAAACUAGGCAUUCCCUCAGUCCGGACAGAUCUAUGGGAAUUGACUUCAGAAGUCAUGGGGAGGCUGGCCAUAGCUUAAGUCCUCACAGGUAUACAGGGGAAAGCCAAAGAGAGAGUGGGCGCUCCUUCAGUCCAGAGAGAUAUACAGGUGAAAGCCAAAGAGAGAGUGGGCGCUCAUUCAGUCCAGAGAGAUAUACAGGUGAAAGCCAAAGAGAGAGUGGACGCUCCUUCAGCCCAGAGAGAUACACAGGAAGUAGGGACAUCUCUGAGGAGGUCAGACAUUAUCCUAGUUCUAGAAGGCCAGAAAAGAUAAAUUGUUCAGGUCCAAGACAAUCAAGGUGUCAUGUUCCUCCGCAACACCCAGAAAACAGCUGGAAAAGCCAAAAGGAGAUUCUUGUCAGAAAACCAAGGAUCAGUGCAGAUAGUGAAUGGCCUAGCAAAGGAGAGCAAUCAACCUCUUGGACUUCUAAAAAGGAGGAUGACUUAGACAGAUACGGGAAAUCCUUGUAUCCCACAAGUCCACCUGUUGCUGAGGAGAUGAGGAUUGACCAAGGAGAGCCUUCUCCCCCUGUGAAUCCAUUUUGGACACUAGAGAAUAAUGAGGAGAGCCUAGAAGGACCUUUGUGCCACACGCAUCCAAUGCAGCUCAUGGAAAAGGAGCAGAUAAGUAGCAGGGAACAUCCUCAUUCCACAAAGCCAGGACAACAGCAUCUAGAGACAGAAAGGAAAACCCAAGCAAGUUCAGCAGGGUGGAUCGAGAACAAAUGGGUGAAUCAAGAAAGGUGUCAGAGUCCUAUGAGGCCAGAGAAGAAAGUGGAGAAUGAUGGGAGUAAGGAGGAGAAGUUCUCGCACCAGCCCCAGAUAGACAGAGGACCACCUCCAAAAACUGCUUGCUCCUCACAAAGCCAAGACCCUAAUCUGAAUGCUAAUCAAAAGCACCAGCCAGAUCUUCUCAAUUUCAAAAAGGGAUGGAUGUCCAUACUGGAUGAGCCAGGAGAGUGGAAGAAGCACUGGUUUGUACUGACAGAUUCAAGCCUGAAAUAUUACAGGGACUCCAAUGCUGAGGAGGCAGAUGAUCUGGAUGGAGAGAUUGACCUUCGCUCCUGCACUGACGUGACAGAAUAUGCAGUGCAGCGGAACUACGGCUUCCAGAUACAUACUAAAGAUGGUGUUUUCACAUUGUCUGCAAUGACAUCAGGGAUCCGACGGAAUUGGAUAGAGGCACUGAGGAAAAGUAUACGUCCUGCCAGUGUUCCAGACGUCACAAAGCUAUCUGACUGCAACAAAGAAAACUCCUUCCGCAGCUACGGAUCCCAGAAGAGCUCCUUGAGGUCAGAAGAGCAGCGGUCAGGCACGGGGCCUGAAGUCAUACCCAGGGGCGCCAGCAGGAAAGCAGACGGGCAGCGCCACGCUUUUGACUACGUUGAGCUGUCCCCCUUGCAGCAUGGGCCUUUAAAUCAGGGCUCCCCGCAACGGACAAGAGGGAGCACAAGAGCCUCUGACGCCAAGCGUGAGGAGCUGGAGCGGGACCUGGCCCUUCGUUCAGAGGAAAGGCGGAAGUGGUUUGAGGCUCCUGCCAGCGGGGUCUUGCAGACUGAUGGCCCAGCAGGGGAUGCCUCUCAGAAGGCAGGUGGCCAGGAACCUCUAGGGGCCCCCCUUUCAGAGGCCCAGAGGAGUCGGCUGAGUGAAGAGAUUGAGAAGAAAUGGCAGGAGCUGGAGCGCCUGCCCUUCAAAGAGUCCAAGCGAGUCCCCCUGAUGGCCCUGCUGAACCAGGGCAAAGGGAGCCACGAAGACACCAGUGAGGCCCUGGAGAAAGAGGUCCAGGCCCUGAAAUCACAGCUAGAGACCUUGUGUGCCCAGAGCAAGGCCAAAUCUCACACAGAUGGGCACACGCCCCGAGGCUAUAUCUCUCAGGAUGCGUGUGAGCGCAGUUUGGCAGAAAUGGAGGCUUCCCACCGGCAGGUCAUGAUGGAACUGCAGCGGCACCAUCAGCGGGAGAUGGAGCGGCUUCACCUAGAGAAGGAACGGCUUCUGGCAGAAGAGGCAGCAGCCACAGCUGCAGCAAUUGAAGCACUGAAGAAGGCACACAGGGAGGAACUGAACAGAGAACUGGGUAGAACCCGCAGCUUCCAGAAAGGUGACUUAGAUUCAGACGCUCUUCGGCGACAACAUGAGUCUGAUGUGGAGUCUCUAAAGCGGGAGCUGCAGGUGCUUUCGGAGCAGUAUUCCCAGAAGUGCCUGGAGAUCGGAGACCUUGUAGCAAAGGCAGAAGAGCAGGAGCAAAUACUGCAGCACUGCCAACAGGAGGGAAAGGAGCUGCUGCGGCACAACCAGGAGUUGCAGAGGCGCUUGUCUGAGGAGAUUGGGCAGUUGCGGGCAUUCAUCGCAACUCAGAGCUCAUGUGAUUCACACAACAAUGAGAAGAACACUUGUGAACUAGAGGUUCUGCUCCGAGUAAAAGAGAAUGAACUUCAGUACCUGAAAAAGGAGGUCCAGUGUCUUAAGGAAGAGCUUCAAAUGAUGCAAAAGGAUAAGAGGUUUGCCUCUGGGAAAUACCAAGAUGUCUACGUGGAGCUGAACUACAUCAAGCGGCGGUCAGAGCGAGAGAUUGAGCAGCUGAAGGAGCAUUUGCGCCUGGCCAUGGCAGCCCUACAAGAGAAGGAGACACUGCACAACAGCAUUGGCAAGUAGAAGAGAGAGUCUGCUGUGCCUUGUAGAAAGCCAAGCCAGCCAGUAAGCAGGAGAGA